GCGGGGCAUAACCGUCUUUUUCCCGCCAAACGUCCCAGCCUGGGACCGACCGCUAGGAAACACCUCUCCGCAGCAGCACCGAAGAAGAAUCCAAGAUUUCCGACGGCAACUGCAAACAAAAAAACCCUAGCCCAGUUGCAGGCAAUGCAAUACACUUUUAGAUGCUCGAUUUUAUGCUCAAAUUUAGACAACCCUAUGCAAAAGUGAGUUGGCUUAAUGGAUGAUGUUGAUGGAAAAAUAGAGGUUUUUCCAGAAUACUUCCAGGCUGGAAAAGCAUCUUAUGGCUGUCUGCAGACAAGGAAUCCAAGGACUGAUCAUUCAUUGAGAUCUUGUAGCCACUCUUGGACUGUAAACGGAGUGAUGGGGGCUGCAUCUUUGCUGAACUUGUUUUCUCUACCACGUCUUCCUUGGUCAUCUGGCAGUGAUGAUGAUGAUGAUAAGAUUGUGCUAACUAAAGCUGAAGUAGAAUCACUUCAAUCAGAAAUUGCAGAUACAGAAGAAAGAGAAGCUCAUCUAAAAGCCCAGUUGGAACAUCUUGAUGAACUUUUGAGGUCUGCACGGCUUUCUGGGUAUCUCUAUAUUCGAACUAGAUGGACACAACUUCCUGGAGAACCACCUAUAAUAGAUGAUGCAGAAGUUGAUGACUGGCUUCCACGCUUUGUUGUUCUUCAAGGGUCAUGUAUCUUCUAUUAUCUCAAUUCUACAGAUUUGAGCCCUCAAGACUCCACAUUAUUAUCUGAUGUUGUUGAAGUUGGGACAUUGCCAAGCUUCAUACAAGAAGAUGAGCAAAAAAGAUAUGCAUUUUACAUUUUGACCUGUCAUGGUUUGCGAUUUGAAUGCUCAAGUGCUUCCAAAAUACAGGUGGAUUCAUGGUUGGCAGCAUUAAGAGCUGACUGCAGUUUUGAAUCUGAUAUGACUUCCCAAGACUCAAUGAGCUCCCAGGUCUACCGAUUGGCUUCCCGGACGGUGAGGGCUCUCGUCGCCGCUUCCCGGAGCUCGCCACUCUUCUUCGAAGGGCGAACUGCAGCAGCAGCUGCUAUAACCAUGCUCGGUGGAAAGGUGUUGUCUGUAUCUUCAUAUUAUGAGAGGGCUGAUUUCAGGAAUACACCAAGUGGAUGGGUUUCUGGUCUUCUUGCCAUUCCUGCUGCAGCAUACAUGCUUCAAGACCAGGAGGCACAUGCUGCCGAGCUAGAACGCACAUUUAUUGCAAUUAAGCCUGAUGGAGUGCAAAGAGGACUGAUUGCAGAGAUUAUAUCACGUUUUGAGCGCAAAGGGUAUAAGCUUGUGGCCAUCAAGCUGAUAGUUCCUUCAAAGGAGUUUGCUCAGAAACACUAUUAUGACCUCAAAGAUAGACCCUUUUUUAAUGGUCUUUGUGACUUUCUUAGCUCUGGUCCUGUGCUUGCCAUGGUUUGGGAAGGGGAGGGAGUUAUAAAAAAUGGUCGAAAACUAAUUGGCGCCACAGAUCCACAAAAAUCUGAGCCUGGAACAAUCAGAGGAGAUCUUGCUGUGGUUGUUGGAAGAAACAUAAUUCAUGGAAGUGAUGGGCCUGAAACAGCCAGGAAUGAAAUUGCUCUGUGGUUUGAUCCUAGCGAGUUAGUCUCUUAUACCAGCAAUGCCGAGAAAUGGAUCUAUGGAGUCAACUAAUCACUUUCUUCUUUUUUGGUAUGUUUUGGGGUUCAAUAAUUGGCCGGGGUUGAAAUACUUGGAUUUUUUUUUUCUUUUUAUAGGGAGCAAAAUCCACCUGCUGGGAACUACUUGUCAUUAAUAAAUUAUAUUCUGAGAUGAGGAUGUGGUCUAGGAUAUGUAACUGUGGCAAUAAUAAGCAGCAUCCUUAUCAUUCAAACAACGCAGAUUGUCCUGUUUCAAUCAUUUACUGGGUGAAUAAAGGCCCCCCCUUUCUGUUCUGCA